UGCCCCCCUCGUCCUCUUUUCACCUUCUGCCAUCGCUCGCCUCCUCCAAAAGCUCCAACCUUUCUCUGCUCAUCUGCUCUCCUUCACCUCCGGCCGGCAUCAGAGCGAGAGAGAGAGCGAGCGACCAUGGCGGCAAAGGGGAGCAAGAAGGACAUCGACUCCGUCCUCAUGCAGGCCAUGCUGGCCGCCAAGACGGUGCGCGCCCAGCGCGACCGCCUCCUGCAGCUCCAGCAGCGCCUGCAGGAGCUCCAGGCCGACGCCGCCCCUGCCGACGCGGAGGCGGACGCCGACGCCAAGCUCAGGGAGCUCGCCUCCAACCUCUUCAAGGUCUACUACAUCGGCCUGGAGGCCGGCGCCCGCAUCCUCACGACCUGCAUCCACCUCGCCGCGGAGAAGCGCAUCCUCUUCUCCCCGCCCAACCUGGCUUUCGCAGUCAUGCCCGACGAGCAGCUCCACGACGCGCUGCUCGCGCAGCAGUUCCCGGCCCGCCCCAGGUCCCAGGCCCAGGCCAUCGACCGCGUCAUGGCCGCCGUCCUGGCCAUCAAGCUGCUGGAGGAGCACCUCCUCCCGCGCUGCGUCGAGUGCCUCAUCGGCGGCGAGGCCCCCGUCCCCGGCAAGACCCCCGACUCCUCCUCGCCCGACAGCAGCCCCGACAGGGACGACGACCCGGUCGCCGCCGCCUCGGAGGCCCUCGCCAAGGCCGACCUCUCCGACGACCCGGACGCCACGGCCGCCGCCAAGUCCGUCUCCACCAAGCCCCGUCAGGGUCAGGCAGCCAGAGGCGGCGGCGGCGGCGACGUGAACAAGUCGCUCGACUACCUGUACCGCGCAAACAGGAUCGCGGGCCUCGCCGUGAAGCACAUCGACGUCGCCGUCGCCGUCCUCUCCCGCUUCAUGGACCCCAAGAGGCUCGCCAGCCUCGCCGAGUUCUGCGACGACCACGCCUACAUCUCCGAGGAGGGAUUCUAUCUAGCAUCCGAUUGACUACUUCACCUCAUCGAUCAAGCCAUGCUCUCCUUAUCGGUCUUCUCUUUAAUUUACCAUCCAUCCAGACAUAUAUGUGGUUUCAGUUCAGUUUGGUCAGAUUUAUCUGCUGCCAUGCUCUUCUAUUUGUGCUCGAUUAAUUCCUGGACGGCCGGGGCUAUCUAUCUUAGCUUCAUCAGAUCAAUUAGUAAUCAAUGUAGUAUGGUGAUCAUGUUGAUUUGCAUCUGAUCUUAUCUGUGGGACAAAUGAUUGAAUCGAAUCUCAGGAGCUAUCUUAGUUAGCUUCAUGUAUUGUAGUAGUUCGAAUGUCGUUGCUGCAUCUUGUUUGUGGACGAUGGAAUCGAAUCGCAUGACAAAAUUGGGAUUUUGGACGUGUUA